AUGGGCCAGAACAACUACCAUUCUCGAUGGCAUCCGCGCCUGCCCCGCGUGGGCGCCGCUCCCACGCGCGACCCCAGUCCCAAAGUCAAGCCGCUCGACCGCGUCCUGCCCGCCCUGCAUCUGCACCUCGCCCCCGUCUUUGCCUCGUCCUUCUCUCGGUCCGCGUCAGUCAAGAGCAUGGCCACCUACGGGAAGCGGGGGCGCGGCACGCUGCCGUUCAGUGUCUUCCGCGACGAGCAUGAGGCUCACAGCCACUCGAAGCUGCAGAAACGCCCGCCUCCGCAACCCACCUUCGUUUCCUCUACACCCUCCGACGAUCCGCGGCCUGCCGAUCUCUCGCGACCCCUGGCCAACCCUGAUCUGCCCCGCCAUCCAGAAUCGCGCCUGUCUUCACGAGAGCCGCCUGCGACGCAGCAUCGUGCCCGCCGUUCACUUCAGCCGUUGUCGACUCACCUUGGCCGCGCGCCCGAGCUCACUUCUGCAUCCGCGCCGCGCUCGACAGCGCGACACGCUCGUUCAACUUCCGCCUGUGCUGACGGAGCCAUCAUCCAUCGCCUGUCGUCCUCUUUUGAGCCCGCAGGCACGCCUCUGUCUCGUCGCGCCCCCGCAGCUUUAAGCCACCUCUGGUCCACGCCAUCCUCACCCGAACUGAGUCCGGUGACCUGUCAACGCGCUUCUCAACGAGUGAGCGGCAUUGACGAACUUCCGACCGACCACUACCGAUCUUCAAGGCCUUUCGCUACCAACAGCUCCGCUGGGAACCCCACUGAUCAGCAAUCAUUAUCUGAUCACUCCGACACCCUUACAACAAACACUUCAUCGCUUCAGCACCCUGCGUCCGACCUGACUGACGCCACCCUCACCGACGCUUUCACUGACACUUCUCCUGUUGCGCCGCGCCAAAAGUUCAGCUUCAGAAAUAGACGCGCAGCCAGGCAAGCUCAGAAAAUGGACAGUCCCACCGCCUCUACCGUGGAAAGGAGUCCGAACCCUGGAGAUCCUGACCAGCUGGAACCGCGCAACACCAGCUCCACCAGUCUCUUGAACAAAUUCAGCGGAAUCCUCGGCGAGAAGACAACCAACUUGAAGCGUUCUUUGCCGUUCAAAGCCGCGACGACCCCGCCGAAGCCGGCCGAGAAGAUGUCAAUUGGCGCUCCCUUUGACGCACGCCAGGGACCCAGAGCCAUGUCAACUCCGCCUCGCCGCCCAAACGCAGGUGAAGAUACCCGCACCUGGGGCGCUCCUGAUCUCGUCAAUACGAAACCCCAGCUUCCUGAAGACAUUGAGGACCAGCCUAAAUCUCAAGUGGUGACGACAACCAACGACAACUGGAGCAUGCGCGACACCCCCUCAGCCAGCCCCGUUUAUGACACUAUGAGGCUCUCUGAAGCCGAACGGAAGAACAACUCCAGUGUUGGCAAGCAGAGCUUGGGCCGCAGCUCCCCUCCGAUGACCGCUCUCCCCACACGUCCUCCAGCGAGCAUCGGUCUUCGCGGAUGGGUAGCCUCGGCUCAUCGCUUGAGCAGGCUCGCUCUGAACGACCAGUUCCCGUCUACGAGUAGCGACAAGGAUAGUGGUCUUGAGAAUGCUGGCGAUACCCAGCAACAGCAGCAGGAACAGGAACAGAGCCGUUCUGAGAAGCCUUCGAUCUUUGAACGCAUGAAGGACACACUCAGGGUACGUCGCCACAAGCGCAGCAACACGACAGUUCAGACAGCUGUAGAUCUUCGUGUAACUGCUCCUCAGAGCAAUUUGCGCGCAUCCCGGUCGGCAGCUGUUCUGACUUCGCCUCUUGCUCUGCGUCCCGAGCGCUCCGACGAGGUCCCUUCAGCCAUGAGGACUCCCUCUGGUGGACGCAUGACGAUGCGCGAACUGCCUCCAAUCAACUCGGGACCUGCCAUCACCAUCUCAAGUAUGGAUUUGCUUCAAAGCCCUCGUACCGUUGACCAUGACGUCCCAGCUCCUGCAUCCAAGAGCUCACCGGAAGUUCACGGAAGCCGUUCCAACGAGGAACUUCCUGCUUUCGCCAAGGAGACUUCUAUGCCUGAGGGUAUCGAGGUCUCGGGACACAAUGGCAUUCACCGCAUGAAUCCUCUGCGCUCGCACACCAACGUCAUGGAGUUCGCUGAGGCUCCCUCUGUCGCUGGUCCUGCUCGCAUGGCCGCGAUUCCAGAGGACAAGGCCGAAUGCGUUGCCAGUGAAGGCUCGAACCACCCCGCCACGAAUGGCCUCGGAGGAGGCAGUGGAGGUAGCGUGUUCUCUUUGAGCAACGUUGGCAACCACGUGGACUCCUCUGUCUCCCCGGCUCCGCUUUCGGUGAGCGACGACAGUUCGUCCAGUGACGAUGUUGCUACUGAUGAUGAUGAUCACAGUAGUGCCGGCCAGCAUCCUCAUCGUAAGGUGCAGGUGAUCCACAACACGCUCUACAAGCUCGACGAGGAUGGAAUCCAGCAAUCCGACGAGGAGAUCCCAAAUCCAGUUGCGUUCUGA